AGCUGUCUCUGCAUGACAGUGAAAAGGGGAAAGUCCGCCGAUGCAAUAUUUUCGAUUUUCCAGCGAUGGAAUUUCUCAAUUUAAAAAAUGGCAUUACCAAUGGAUGGAAGGAACAACUCCUUCUCUAACAAUUCCCGCCCUUCCCCGAGCAAAUCACUCCCAUCACCAGCCGCCCCGUCUCUUGAUCAAUGUAACAAGCAGCUACUCAAAAGUAAGCUUGUUAAUUUCAGCGAACCUUACUUCCACGUAAGCGUAAGGUAGAACAACGCGACAUUUUCUAAGACCAAAAAGAAAUGUAAGAUUUAAUUGUCGGCUUCCUUAAAAGAAGAAUAAGAAAGUAAAAUAAAACCAUUCUGAUGCAAGUAGAAUUUAGAGGAAGCUCCCCAAUUUCCCUGCAUAUUUAGCUUCUGCAUUUUUAUAGGCCAAAGACUGAGUUUCGCUAGAGAUCUCUUUUACAGCUGUACGGAGCGCCGUUUAAACAUAGGCAAAGACUAAAUUGCUUCUUCAGAUAUGUCAUUUUAUAAUGCAACUAAAUCUUUGACAAAAAUGAUAGACUCACAAGGAGAUUGGGUUCCUGUACCCAGCUUGAUAGACCAUAACAAUUUUAGGCCCCUUUGCCUGCUUCAAAAGAAGAUGAAGACAUCAUGGUGGCAAAGCUGCUCUUAUCACAAAACUGAAUAUCAAUUAUAUCAUAUGCUGUUACCAGGAAAUGACACUUCAAGUUUAGUUUGCAAAAAUUCAGAGUUAUUCAUCCUUGAAGACACUAUAGAUGGAAUACUGAAAGGGGAUAUUAGUGGAGUUACUGACACUGAAGUAACUAGCACUGUCAGAAUUUCUCAUGAAAGGUCUGUAAAGGUGAAAAAGAUACAUAUUCCAAUCCAAGACCUUGAUUCCUUUAUUAAAGAAAAAAAAAUCAACACUGAACAUCCAUUUAUUAAACAAUCAAAGAAACUCCAGAGGAACUUAUACGUGAUCACUGAAUCAGCAGAAGCUGUGGAAAUGACAACGUUUGGGGAAUCCAGCAAAGUAGAAAGCAGCAUCUUUCAUAAAGCCUACAUCAAACUGAGCCUGCAGGGUACCAGAGAUAGGAAGAAAAUAAUCACUAUCCCAAAGGGGUGCAUCUUGGCAUUCAAAGCUAAGAAAUUACUUAUAGAAGAAGGAACCUUAGGUAUUUCUUAUUACUCAACUGAUAAAACAGGAACUUUUGAUAUACAAUUUAAGUCUGAAAGUACAGAUAUACCAUCUAUGUUUGAAAGUGCAGACAAUAGGAAAGACCUUCAAAAGGAAGUUGAGAACGAAUAUGUACCAUUUUCUUUAAUGUCUUCAAACCUGCGUGGCAAACUUCUAACUAGUUUUGUGGUUCUAAUGAAGAAAACUGACCUUUUGGAAGAACUGGAAUUCCAGCUAGAACAGGUUCUUGAGGACCCUGAACAAUUCAGACUGAAUAUGGACAAACCAGAGUUUAAGGAUCUGAUGGAGAACUUGCAAGAUGUCAAAGGAGUAAUUGUCCCUGGACUUGCUGAGGCUACUCUCUAUUUUCUUCAGGCUCUUGAAGAACUGACAGAUUUCCAGAUAAUGCUAUUGGUAGAAUCUAUGGAAAAAAAGAUUGUGUCCCAGCAACUGAACCUGGUUGGAAGAAUCCUAGACAAAUAUUUCUGGAAUGGAAAACAGAAUUUUACUGUAGAAGUCCAGCAAUCACCUGAAGAGGAAUGGGAUAUAACUGGAAUGUUAAUUGAAGAAAUAAGUGGAAUAUCCAUUCAACGAAGUGGAUGCACUGUUAGUGGAUCUGUACAUCCCGAGGUUUCCUCAGCCCUCCCUGCACUAUAUGUGGUUCUAUUUGCAAUUGAUCUUCUAUCUAAGAAAAGUUUUUAAGCCAUUCUUCUAAAUCAGACUAUGUUUGCAGCUAGAAAAGAAUCAUGCACAAAUGUAGCAGCCUAACAUAUUUAAAAUGAAAGUUGUAAUCAGACAGCUUAUUUGAAAGGAAGCUUGCCUGAGAAUAUCAAUUUAUAUUAGGUAUUUACUUCUUGCGUUCAAUUCUCCAUAACUGCAUUCACACAAAACUAAAUCAUUUGUAGUCGAGCUUAAUGGAUUGUUCAAACUUAGAUUAGGGCCAGUCAGAAACCAUUAUGGUGAUAAAAAUAAUCACUAAACAUAAGGAGGAAAAAAAACUAAGGAAAAAUAAAUUUGCAGGUAGUCUUCAAUGUGUGACCAUUUAACAAACUACGAACUGCUGAAAAAAGUGACUUAUGACCGAUUCUUGCACAUACAUUCAGACUGGAUUUGCUUAAUGAUGAUGUGAUUUAUUUAAUGACUGCAGCAAAAAGAUAAAAUUGAGUAAAACAUAUUUAACAACUCCAUUGCUUAGCAAAUAGUCAGUUCCAAUUAUGGUUAUAAGUGGAGGACUAUCUGUAUAGGAUUUCAAUAUAAAAUGAAUGUCAUUGAACAUAUUAUUAAAUCUAAACCAUAAACAUAUUGCCACAUUUUCUCAUUUUAGAAUAUAAGACAUUUCAGAAAUGGAUAAAUCGAGUCCUUAUUAUGUGGGUGUAAUUAUCUGUAUGUUACUUCUGUCACAAUCUAUCUUGCAGGCACCUCCUCCUCAAUUCCAUGUUUGGAAGUGAGGACAUGCACAAUUCUUACUGGCAAAUAUAAGAGAACUAUGGAUAAAAUUAAAAUAAACUGUAAAAUAGUCCCUCCUAAAGCAUAAACCACAUGACUACAGAAAGCAUUUUCCCCCAUAUAUAAACAUUCCUUCAGACCCAAAUCAAUAUCACAGCCUCUAAAUAAAAUUACUUUCUCUUUUUUUCUUUUUAAAAUAAUGUUAAAUUAUUAUGGCUUUAAGUAGUCAUGUGAAAAACAUUUUUCACUCUAGCAUUUGUCAAUAGGUCAUGGAAGUAUAACUAUCAAGCAGCUAUGUUUUUAUAAGAAAGCAACUCCAGGCGGUGGCUGCAUAACCAGAGAGCUUGGAGCAGGAGACUGAAGAGUUUCCAGUUUCAGCCCUGCUUCUACUAUUUCUUACCCAUUUUGUUUCAUAAUCCUAUUAUAUUUAAUAUAUUGUGGAAGAAAAAUAAAAUUUCAUUUUAAAAUUAUCAGAAAUGAUUUCAGACAGGCUUUAGGAAAAAUGAGACAACCUACAGAGAUUCUGUAGUACUGUCCUACUGCUUCCUCGACAUAGCACUUCUAACAUAAAGGGAGACUGGCCAGCUACUUAUUGAAUAUAAUUGUGUUCUCUAAUGUGGCUAUUCUUAAGCUAAUUUGUGGGCGACUCAAUAAAUUGCAUUGUCUGGGUUUGCAAAACAAGAAAUAAUAAAAAAACCAGCAUUCCUACAUAAACUUUUAGUGCAAUAAUAGACCAGUCAUGUACUAGUUAUACUGUGAUUUGAGUUUCUUGUUGGGUCCACAAGUUGAACUAAGCUUAAUUUAUUUAAUCAAGGCUUACUUAUUGGUUGAAUUGUAUUUUGGCUUAUUAUGAUGCAAGAAUCGACUUAUAUAUUAUAAUCUGUAUGUAAAAUUGAAUUAUGCAUGCAGCUUCUGCCAGAAGUUAAUUAUAUAAAAUCAUAAAUCUUAUCAAAUUCCAGCAAAAUUAGCUUAAGAAUCAGCACUAAUUUAUAGACUAAACUAGGUCCAAAUCUAUGUUCCCUCUCAGGUGUAUGUGUGCAUCUACAUAUGCAUGCAUAUGCUUACUAUUCAUCACCACAUACAUUAAAAAGUCUUCACAAAUUUUUUUGUUACCCAAGAUAGUAAAAAUAAAUUUAAAUUCCAUUAAACUAGAGGCUCACAAUUCAGAGUCCUGCACAAGCUCACGGUUUCAGGUUCACUGUAGCAGCCAGGCUCAUUAAUGGAAGACCUUUCCCUUGAGAUCGCUAGCAGGCCAUCUUUUCCCCAGCUGAUCUGCUCCAGAAAAGGCCAAGUGAAGGACAGCAGGAUGUACAGGAAAAAGCACUUCCCUCCUCAUGCCAUAAAGGUUGGAUUCAUUUUCCUCUUACCUCCAAAAAAAAGGUUUAUAAUAAUAUCUGUUAUGCUUUGGGCAGCACAAUGUCCAUUAAUUUCAUAAAAAAAUCACUUUUAAAUUGAAAAAUAAAAUUUAAAUAAGUUCAGAAUACAUCUAGAGAAGAAUGAGGGGAGGAAUGCAAGUGAGGAAGCUAUUUGAAUGAUUUUCAGGGUUUUUCUUCCUUUUUAAUUUUUCUUUUGUUUGCAAUAUCAAAUAUAAAAAAAAGUUUAAAUGCUUAUAGAAUACUGUUUGCAAUUAUUAAUUAUCAGUGACUAGCAAAUUUAAAUUAAAAUCUGUAAGCAUAUGUAUUCAGUUCCAGUUUGAUGUAGAGAUUAAGAGACCAGGCUAGAAAUUAAGAGACUGUGAAUUUUAGUCUCACUUUAGGCAUGAAAUGACUCCUUUGGGGUAGUCACUUUCUCUCAGCCCUAAGAAGAAGGCACAUCAACAGGUCAUGCAGGUCAGAAAAAGAAUGUGAGGGGGCAGCAGCACAGGUCAGAACACUGAGUGAAUGGUACAGGCUUUCCUUCCUCCCCCUUCUAGCAGGUGGUUGAGUGGCAGCUGAUGGGUGGGAGAGGGAGCAAUGGAUUGCAGGACUAGCUGGAAAACAUUGAAAAUGAAGAUUAAGCAACUGCAGCAGCAGCUCAGUAGUAGCCAGUACCACUGAAGCAGCUGCAAAUUUUCCAAAUUUCAUUCCCUCAAAAAUAAGUCCCAGAUUUUCGACACUGUCUGUAAAUUAGUCCAUUUGAGAUACCUUGCUUCAAAAACUGUUGCAGUAUAAUGCAGUGUUUCAUCCAUUUAAAGGUCAGGGCAACAAGAUUCUUAAUUUUAAUGAUCACAUAAGAAUUAAGGGAUAUGCACGCCCCCAAAAAUUAUGAUAUUAUUUUUAUUAACUUUUUAGUACAAAUAAUAGUUAUUAUAGUUUUGGUCUAAUAAAAUUUUAUAUAUAAUCCAUUGA